AUGGGAACAUCUGUUAAGGAUGGAAACACCACAGAUACUUUGACAUCAUUUGUAAAUGGAACACUCCAACCGCUUUUGAUAAUCGACAUACCAAUACUUUAUGUUAUCAACACAUUCGCCACAGUUCUAGUCAACCCCAUCAUCGCCUUGUUUGGAAUCACAGGAAACAUUCUCAGCAUUGUUGUUCUGGUCAAGUCAGGCUUCAGCAAACCUUCAAACGUUCUUCUUUCAGCGCUCUGUGUUGCCGACACUUUCGUUCUGAUUGCCUCUGUGAAUAUCCCAAGGUUUACGUCAUUUCUACCUGGCAAAAAACCUAACCACAUUACAUUAUGGGAGUACAGUGAGACAGAAUGUUAUAUUCUUUACAUAUUAACUAUAAUCAUUCACGGAUUCAAUGUAUACGGCGUGAAAUUAAGCGCUGCCAUUGUUACCUUCAUAACUCUCGAAAGAUUUAUCGCCGUUUUUUUCCCUCUAAAAUUCGCAGCUAUUGUAACAACAAAGAGGGCGUGGCUUGCAGUCAUCUUGGCUUACGUCAUAUGGCUACCCUGGCCUCUGUACAAUUUCACAUUGUAUCGUUUUUCAUUUCAAUAUUUUAAAUUUUGGGACCUUUAUGCUGGAAGCAUUUUGAUCUAUUUGGACGAUUUAUUUGUGGUGACAAAUCUUUAUGUCGUAAUUCCUCUUGGGCUGUACAUGCCAUUUAUAGUAGUAACACUAGGAUCGUUGCUUAUAGCCACAAAAGUUAAGUUAACACUGGCAAAAAGAAGAUCUUUGGUUUCAUCGGCCUCGGCGAAAACAAAAGCGAGUUCUUCAAAAACUACGAGGAUGUUACUAACAGUAUGCGCAGUGUUCUCGAUCACAAAGUUUGCAAGCGUUAUAGAAUACUUUGCCGACUUUGUAAAUCAGAAUGAAGAUUACAACUCAAGGGAACUAGCGCUCGCGUUGUCCCUUGCAAUUUACUUCCUAGACAACGUUUGCAGUGCGAGUAAUUUCUUCAUCUAUGUGGCUUUGAAUAAAAAGUUUAGAAAACUAUUGAAAGAGACUAUUCACUGUUAG